AUGGAGUUCCCAGACGACUUCCUGCUGGCCCAGCUGGGUCACCUGCAGCUCUACAACGACUCGCUCUUUCAGAACAACUUCACAGGGGCCUACAACGAGACGGACGCCUUGCUGCCGACGGGGGUGAAGGUCACCAUCGUGGUCGUCUACAUGAUCGUCUGCGUCAUCGGCCUGGUGGGGAACUUCCUGGUCAUGUAUGUCAUCAUAAGGUACACCAAGAUGAAAACAGCCACCAACAUCUACAUCUUUAAUCUGGCUCUGGCGGACUCUCUGUUCCUGGCGACUUUACCCUUCCAGGGCACCGACGUGUUCCUGGGCUUCUGGCCAUUUGGGAACGCUCUGUGCAAGGCGGUGGUGUCCAUCGACUACUACAACAUGUUCACCAGCACCUUCACCCUGACGGUGAUGAGUAUGGACAGGUACGUGGCCGUCUGCCACCCUGUCAAAGCUCUGGACAUGAGGACGCCUCACAAGGCCAAGGUGGUGAAUAUCUGUGUGUGGGUGUUGGCCUCAGCCUUCGGGGUCCCUGCCAUGGUCCUGGGAAAUGUGGAGGUGGAACCGGAGCACAACAGUGUCGAGUGCAUCAUUGGUCUACCCGAACCAAGAAGUCACUGGGACCCCGUCUUUGGCACCUGUGUGUUCCUCUUCUCCUUCCUCAUCCCCGUGGCCAUCAUCAGCAUCUGCUACAGCCUCAUGGUGAAGCGCCUGCGCAGCGUUCGCAUCCUGUCCGGCUCCAAAGAGAAGGACCGCAACCUGCGCCGCAUCACCAGGAUGGUCCUCGUCGUCGUGGCGGCUUUCGUCGUGUGCUGGACCCCCAUCCAGAUCAUGGUCCUGGCUCAGUCGCUGGGCUUCAACCUGAGCAGCUUGUUCACGCUGGUCAUGAUGCACUUCUGCAUCGCGCUGAGCUACGUCAACAGCAGCUUGAACCCGGUGCUGUACGCCUUCCUCGACGAGAACUUCAAGCGCUGCUUUCGCGAGUUCUGCCACCCGUCACCGUUCCGCCUCGACACUCAGCAGUCCGGCCGCAUGAGGAGCAUCGCCAGGGAGGUGGCCGCGGCGUACAGCUGCAAGACCGGGGAUGGUGGGGGGCAUGGGGGAGGGACACCUAAUCCAGCAUGA